AUGUCUGAGCCUAAGUCUGAGCUCGGUUCCCGGCGGGAGGUCUUCGAUGAGCCCAAGGUGGAACUUCACGUUCAUCUGGACGGAGCCGUUCGAGCCCAAACGAUCAUCGAUGUCGCCAGGCGACGCGGCAUCCGUCUGGCGGCCGACACGGCCGAGGAGCUGAGGCGCCUGCUGGUUCUCCGAGAGCCGGCCACUCUCACCGGCUUCCUGGCCAAGUUUGCAGUCUACAUGCACGUCAUCGCUGGAGACCGAGACGCCAUCGAAAGGAUCGCCUACGAGUUUGUGGAGGACAAAGCCAAGCAGGGCGUAAUCUACGCUGAGGUCAGAUACAGUCCCCAUCUUCUGGCCAACGCUGACGUGGAGCCCAUUCCGUGGAACCAAGAAGAGGGCGACCUGAGCCCGGACGAGGUGGUCCGGCUGGUCAACCGGGGCCUGAGAGACGGGGAGAGGGCCUUCAGUGUCAAAGUCAGGUCCAUUCUAUGCUGCAUGCGCCACAUGCCAAGCUGGUCGGCGGACGUGGUGGAGCUGUGUAAGAAGUACCGCCAUGAGGGAGUUCUGGCAAUCGACCUGGCGGGUGACGAGUCGCUGGACUGCCAGGCCUACCCGGGCCACGCGCGAGCCUACCAGGAAGCGGCGCGGUGCGGGAUCCGCCGAACAGUCCACGCGGGCGAAGUGGGCCCGCCAUCCGUGGUUAAGGAGGCCGUGGAGGUACUGAAGGCUGAACGCGUGGGGCACGGUUACAGGACCCUGGAAGACCCGCAGCUUUACGCGCAACUGUUGGCCACAAACAUGCACUUUGAGGUGUGUCCCAUCUCCAGCAAGUUGACGGGUGCCUGCGACGCCGACUUCAGCAAGCAUCCUGUGGUCAGGUUGAGGAAGGACAAGGCCAAUUACUCGCUGAACACGGACGACCCUCUGAUCUUUGACUCCACACUGCAACUAGACUACAGCGUGGCGUGCCAGCACAUGGGCUUCACCCGCCAGGAAUUUAGGAGACUGAACAUCUGCUCAGCAGCGUCUUCCUUCUUACCCGAGCCAGAGAAGAACGAGCUUCUGCACCAGCUGUACCGGGCCUAUGGCAUGAUCCAGAGCACGGCCUUUUGA